UUUGGUCACGCGCUGUUCAAGAUGUGACCCGUCUCGGAGAAAUGUUUUGAUUUCUUUCCUGGUGCAAAAUCAUCUUCUUUAUCUCUGUAGAUAUGGCAAAGAAACACUAUAACACAAUUUAACAGUUAGAUUAUGUAUGAGGAUAGUGGUGAUUCAACAGAAAUCGCGUCUGGUCGAAAUGAGCUCCUUUCUGGGAGAUCCCUUUCUAGGACGCCACGCAAGAUGCCGUCUCAAUAUUCUUCCUUACAACGAAGUAUAAAUUCUAUCUCAUCAGCCCAGUCAGCUUCACCUUCAGUCGACUCAUCAAUUCUCGAGUCGCUGACCUUGGAACAGAGGGAUAAAUUUACAUUGUACAAAGUUGUGGUUAGCGAUGGAGAAAGAGUCCCUUGGGUAAUUUACCGAAGAUACCAGGACUUUGUUCUUUUGAACAAAAAGCUUGGUCGAUUAUUUCCACACUUUCGUCUUAACCUUCCUCCAAGACGAAUCUUCCGCGAUAACUUCGAUAAAGAUUUUAUUGAGAGGCGCCAGCAUGGUUUGGAGGAGUUUAUGAGAAAUGUCCUAGGUCAUAGAGAUCUUCUCCAAAGUCCUCCUGUGACAAAGUUCUUCAGGUUUGACAAUCCUCCUAGACCAGAUGAGAGCUUGGAGGCCAGUCAAUCCUAUGCCCAGUCCCUUGAGGUCUCUUUAUCAAGCUUUCGACUGCAGAUGCGUGAACAAAAUGCAGAACUAAAUAGUUUGAAAACAGAGCUGGCAAGAGUGAAGUACCACAAGGAUGAAAAUCAUGACUUGGCAUCACAUUUUCAGAAACAGCAUGCAUUCGUAGAGGAAGCCACAAAGGCUUUAAAGGAACAGCUCAGCAUCUCACAAGAAAAUGAAGCAAGAACCAAAGAAGAGUUGGAGAGAUUAAAAGAAGAAAUUAAAGCCGAAAGAGCAUCUGCACAGGCUGGUAGAGUCCUUGAGAGAAGGAACAGGGAACUGGCAAUGAGAAAUGACAUGCUACACUUCCGCCAAUCACAGGACGAUGUGGAUAGCAAUGUCAGUGGACUGGUAACAGCUAUCAGCCAAUUACCCAAGGUUAAUGUUGAUGUUGGAGGAAAGAAGUUUGAGCUGAAAGCUGGUGAUGAGAUGGCAGACCAUGUGCAUAACUUAUCUAAGGCACUGAAAUCAUCAAGGGAACAAAUACAAAAAAUCCACCGAAAUGCUCUGGAAAUGUAUAGACAAGAAACCGAAGACUUAAAAGAGGAACUAGCAAGGUGUACAUUUCAAGUGCAGUCGAGGAUCUUAGAGACUGAUGCACUGAAAGAGCAGCUAUGCGCUCAGGAAGUCCGAUUCAAGGAAGGACUGAAGGCACAGGACAACUACAUUAAAACUCUGCGUCACAAGUACUCGGACCUACAGCAGUACGUGACGUCAACAGAAGAGAAAUAUUUCUACUCCCUUGUUAUCGGUGUCAAGUUGAACAUGGCGGUUUGCGGUCAUCGGAUCGAUCAGAUCAACCAACUCAAACCAAUGGCGUUAUUUGAGCGAGUGCGGAAUCACGGAAUCGCAAUCGAACACUGGCCAAGCUGGGUGUCACGUGAGCUCGCGACAGCUUCCGCCAAUAGCGAAGACUUACAGUGACUGUCACGUGAUCUUGAGACAGCCUCAUUUCUAGGUGUUAGCUAUAUUGGUCUAUAGGGGAAAAGUGUGUACCGCCGCUAAACCCUCCGCCCCAAACGAAAGAUGUACUGGUUUUUGGUUUUUUACUACUCCAUUUUAAUUUUGAUAAAAAAAAUCGUACACG